UCUCUCCGACAAAGACAAGGCUGCAGUCAGGGCUCUGUGGAGCAAGAUCGGCAAGUCAGCUGAUGCCAUUGGAAACGAUGCUCUGAGCAGGAUGAUCGUCGUCUAUCCGCAGACCAAGACCUACUUCUCCCACUGGCCAGACGUGACCCCCGGCUCUCCUCACAUUAAGGCCCAUGGCAAGAAGGUGAUGGGUGGAAUCGCACUGGCUGUGUCCAAGAUCGACGACCUGAAAACUGGUCUGAUGGAGCUCAGCGAGCAGCACGCCUACAAGCUGCGAGUGGACCCGGCCAACUUCAAGAUCCUGAACCACUGCAUCCUGGUGGUGAUCAGCACCAUGUUCCCGAAGGAAUUCACCCCCGAGGCCCACGUCUCCCUGGACAAAUUCCUCUCUGGAGUGGCCCUGGCUCUCGCUGAGAGAUACCGCUAAACUGCACGCGGAGGGAAAUGCCACAUGCAAGCCAUCCUUUCACUCAUUGUGAAGAAUUAGAGAAUAAACUGCAUGCCGCUAAAAACUG